CGAGCAUCCCUCGGUGGAGGCAUGAGCUCAUUCAGCAUGGCGGGAGGAGCAGGAGGUGGCGGUGUGAGGGUCUCUCAGGCCAGCAGGAGCUUCUCUUCCAGCGGCGGCGGCAGCUUUGGCUUUGGUGGCGGAGCAGGUGCAGGUUUUGGUGGUGGAGCAGGUGCAGGUUUUGGUGGAGGUGCAGGAUUCGGGGCUGGCUUCGGCGGAGGAGCGGUGAUGGAAGACAGCGUCAUCGGCAACGGGAAGUUCACCAUGCAGAACCUGAACGACCGCCUGGCCACCUACCUGGCCAAGGUGGCGGCACUGGAGAAGGCCAACGCUGACCUGGAGAUGAAGAUCAGGCAGUUUGUGGAGAGCAAGGUCGGCCCUUCCACCAGAGACUACAGCGCCUUCUUAGUCACCAUCGCAGAGCUGCAAGGAAAGAUCCAGGACGCCAUCAUCGCCAAAGGUACAAUCAUACUGAGCAUUGACAACGCCAAGCUGGCUCAGGACGACUUCAGAAUCAAGUUUGAGAACGAGCUGUCAAUGCGUCAGGGGGUGGAGGCCGACAUCGCCGGGCUGAAGACGCUGCUGGGAGACCUGGGUAUGGCCAAGACCGACCUGAGCAUGCAGAUCGAGAGCCUGAAGGAAGAGCUGGUGUCCAUGAAGAAGAACCAAGAGGAGGACCUGAUUUCCAUGAGAACUCAGAUGAGCGGCCAGGUGAACGUAGAGGUGGACGCCGCUCCUCAGGACGACCUCACCAAGGUCAUGGAGGACAUCAGAGAACACUACGAAACCGUCACCGCCAAGAACAGCAGAGAGCUGGAGUCGUGGUUCCAGGCAAAGACGGAGGUCCUCAAUCAGGAGGUGGCGACCACAGAGAUGACGCUGAAAUCGUCAACGUUGGAGGUGAAGGAGGUGAAGACUCAGCUUCAGGCUCUGGAGAUCGAGCUCCAGUCACAGAUCAGUAUGAAAGCGUCUCUUGAAGCCAACCUGGCUGAAAUCCAGAACCGCUACGGCAUGCAGAUGAGCCGCUUCCAGAUGGAGGUGGGCAGCAUGGAGGAGCAGCUGGUGCAGCUGAGGGCCGACCUGGAGCGUCAGGGACAGGAGUACCAGAUGCUGCUGGACAUCAAGACCAGGCUGGAGAUGGAGAUCGCCGAGUACAGGAGGCUGAUGGACGGAGAGGGAGUUGGGUAA